GCGAUAUAUUGUUUGUUAUGGGCGAGGAUAGGCCACGAACCACUUACCAAAAGUAGAAUAAUUUGUUAAUUUUAUCUUGCAACUUACGGACUGUAGCAGAAAAUAUCCUCAACAUUGUGAGACUACUUUCAGAAUCCUGUAUAAAGCGCUUCCGUGCAGUUUUGAAGAUGUGACCUUCAAAGCCCUCGUCAUAAUGACAGAAAGAACAGUGACUAAUUUUCAGGGAUGUACCACAGGCUAACCUUGUUUGUGAGUGAAAAGACACCGCACAGAGACUGAGUUGCUGGGAGAACAAAAAAACACAAGAUGGAGGACGAACAAUAUGAAAAGGGUGUGGAGGAUAUGAUAAACCUCAGUGUUCUGGAUGAAGGCACAAUUCUCCACAACCUCCAGGCUAGAUAUGAAAGGGAGCAUAUUUAUACGUUUGUGGGAAGUAUCCUGGCAUCGGUCAAUCCCUACAAGAUGUUCAAUAUCUAUGGCCGAGACAUGGUCAAGAAGUAUGAGGGACAACCACUUGGAAGCUUACCACCUCACCUGUUUGCCAUUGGAAGUGUGUCCUAUGCCCGGAUGCUGAAGGAAAAGGAGAACCAAGUGAUUGUUAUCAGUGGUGAGAGUGGAGCUGGUAAAACGGAGGCCACCAAGCUGGUGAUGCAAUAUUUGGCUGCUGUUAAUAAAUCCGGUAAUGAUCUCAUCACUGAACAAAUCCUCGAGGCCAACCCGCUCCUCGAGUCCUUCGGCAAUGCAAAAACCAUCCGAAAUGACAACUCCAGCAGAUUCGGCAAAUAUAUUGAAGUGUUCUUUAAAACGGGUUCCAUAGUUGGAGCACGAACAUCUGAAUACUUACUGGAGAAAUCUCGUCCUCGUAACCCAGGUCUGUACAAUUCAGCGGCAGAAGAAAGAAACUACCAUGUAUUUUAUGAGAUGUUGUCUGGGUUUACUGAUGAGCAAAAGGGAAAGUAUGGGCUCCAGGCUGCCAACAAAUACUUCUACCUGAACCAGGGUGGAAGUUGUAGUAUCUCAGGACGAGAUGACGCAGACAAUUUCCGGACUCUCAGUGCCGCCAUGGAAGUUCUCAACUUCGAGAGACACGAACAGGAGACGAUUUUCAAGAUACUUUCAUGUGUCUUACAUUUAGGCAAUAUUUAUUUCAAAGCAAUACAGCACGACAAUGGCCACGACACAGUUUUACUUGGGAGUGAUGCUGAACUCAAGUGGAUCUCCCAUCUGCUUCAGCUGUCUGAGGACUGGUUACAGCAAGCUCUCACCACCAAAGUCACGGAAACGCGAGGUGAUCGUGUUCUCACACCGUUUAACAUAGACCAGGCUCUGGACUCCAGGGAUGCUAUAUCCAAAGCUCUUUAUAGUCGGCUGUUUACUUGGUUAGUGGAGAGAGUCAACCUCAUCAUCUGCCGGGCCGAACGAGAAAAGACAUCGGCCAUAGCCGUUCUAGAUAUUUUCGGGUUUGAAGACUUUCAUGUGAACAGCUUUGAGCAGCUGUGUAUCAACUAUGCAAAUGAGACAUUACAGUUCUUCUUCAACCAACACAUCUUCCGACUUGAGCAGAAGGAAUACGCUAAAGAGAACAUUGACUGGUCAUCUAUAGAAUUCCAAGACAACCAGCCAGUCAUUGACCUCCUCGCCAGCAAACCCGCUGGAAUCCUAGUCAUCCUAGACGACGAAUGCAGCUUUCCUCAGGCUACGGAUCUCUCAUUCCUGGAGAAAUGUCACUUUCAUCACUCCAGUAAUUCUCUGUAUGACAAACCACGGAUGUCUGUCCCCGAGUUUUAUGUCCUCCACUUCGCUGGGAAGAUCAAAUACAAUGUGGACCAUUUCCUGGAGAAGAACAAAGACACACUGAGGAGUGAUGUUGUAGAACUUUUGUGUGAGAGUAAAAACAGGAUGAUUGCAUCCAUGUUCAAAGAAAUGCGAGAUCGACUUAUUACAAAGACACUGAGCAAGUCAACUGGGCGCUACGUGACCCUCAAACCCAGGACUCCCACAGUGGCAGCAGGCUUUACCGAGUCACUGCUCUCCCUGAUAGACACAAUGUCAAAAUGUAACCCGUACUUUGUGCGGUGUGUAAAACCAAACAACCACAAGGCCCCGAUGCAGUUUGAGAAGACGGUGGUAUUAGACCAACUAAGGUACACCGGGAUGCUGGAAACCAUCCGUAUCCGUAAAAUGGGCUUCCCUAUCCGAGUCAAAUUCCCAGUCUUCAUCGAGAGGUAUCGUUUCCUCCUGAUGGGUAAAAUUAAUGACAGAUUAUUACCAACGGAGGUGUGUAACAAGAUUCUGUUAACCCAGGGUCCAUCAAUGUCACACAUGUACAGGAUUGGGGCCACAAAGGUUUUCAUGAAGGAGACAUUUGAGCAGCAGCUAGAUGUGCAUGCCAAGAACAUCGUAAACAAUUCUGUCGUCACCAUCCAGAAACUCACACGCAUGUUCCUGGCACGUAGAAAAUUCAAACACUUACAGUCCGCCACAUGCAAGAUCCAAGCUGUUAUAAAGACUUGGGUUGAAAGAAAGAAGUAUCUGAAGGUUCGGAAUGGAAUCAUCAAAGCUCAAGCCCAGAUUCGAAUGCGUAGGCAGCGCAGAAAAUAUCUUUAUGCUCGGGAGGAAAUAAAACGCAAAGCUGAACAAGAACGGAUUGAUCGCCGAAAACGUGAGGAACAAGUCAAAAUGGAACAAGAAGAAAAAGAGAGACAGACCAAGGCGAUGGAAGCUAUCGCCAACCUGGAGAUCCCCGGGGAGCUAGCCUAUGUUUACAGUAAACUGGAUGACUGGCAGUCGGUACACACAGAGCGUCACAUUGGCCAGGUGUCUGGUACUGUAGCCCACAUGGAUCAGAAGUACCAACUUCCAACAGAUGUUGAUUCUCACGCAUUCAGCAAAUUUGCCAAUGUCUAUUUUAGUAAUCCCGAUUGGGGUGUGCUUAUGACGCCUAUUAAGGCAGGUCUUACAAAACUCCAGGGUGAAGACCUCAACAAUCGGGCUGUGUCCGUCUUCAAAAUGAUUUUGCGGUACAUGGGAGAUUCUCACCUAAGUAAAAGGAGAGAGAAGGCUAUGGCAGACUACAUAGUACAGAUGGGUCUGAACAACGAAGGACUUUGUGAUGAAAUUUACUGCCAGGUUGCUAACCAGUGCUGGAACAACCAGGACCUAACAGCUUUAGGACGGUCCUGGAGUCUAAUGGCCGCCUGCCUUAGUGCUUUCCCUCCUAGUGAAAGACUCUUCAAAUACCUACUCAAGUUUGUUUCGGAUGUUGGAUUUAACGGCCAUAAGAUAACAUGUCAACACAAGGCAUUACAGUGUGCCAACAUUCAACCCCAGUUAAGUCGCAGUUAUCCCCCCUGUCUACUGGAGUGGCAUGCCAUACAGCAAUUCACCAACAUGGCACUACCUGUCCGGUUCGCUGAUGAUGUCAAAAUGUUUGGACCGGUAGAGUCGUGGACAUCUGGAGAAAUCUUUACAAGUCAUCUUGUCAGCAGUCGGGGUCUGACGGAAAACAAAUACGGCUGGACUGUGGUUCUUCAGGAGGAGACAGAUUUCUAUGAGUUGAUGGGGUAUGACUAUGUCCUGGAUCUAAUUAGUGAGAUGGAAGUUCCCCCAGGAUUUCCUGCCAAGCCUGCAUACUUCCUCGUGUCCCGAGACAAGAUGAGGGAACCAGUUGGAGCUGUACAUCAUCUAUACAAAGAUUCGCCACACAGUGUUAACAAGGACAGGUUCAUGGUGCUAGUGGGCAGACUGCCAGAAUUAUUAAAGGUAGAAGCAUCACGUCUGGAGAACCGAACAUUCACACCACGUACAAAAGAGAAUGAAGAUAAAAAGAAAAUAGAAUUUUCGAUGACCAGUGCUCUCAACCGACGUCCGACUGAGAUCAUGAUGGAUGGACUGUCUGCAAAUUCUGCCUUGAAUCUGCGUUACACAAAAAGGAAAGCUCCGGGACCACCACCAUCGGUCACAAGUAACGGUCAUAACGGCCACAAUGUGACAAAUGGACUCAGCAAUGGCCACAUAACUCCAAUCUUAGAGGAUGAAGGCACUACCCACGGACUAGCAGGGACUAAGUUAAACCAACGGUACAAUAGCGGUUUAACAAAUGGAACACCGCGUGUACAAGAUCUGAGUUCUACGUCCAAACUAAACGCUAGAUAUGUGAAAUCUUCAGCAGUGGCGAAAAGGAUGAAAAAUGGAGCUGCUGAUAGGAUAUCUAGACGGGAUCGUGGUUUGGAAAAAAUGUCAGCUUCAUCUGAUAAUAUGUCUGUGGGUACCGGACAAGAGUCGGAUUGGUCCCAUUGGGUGGAGGAUGUGUUCAAUAGUGCUCUCAAUGAGCAUGUUGAAACCCUGAGUGACGCACGGUCCAUGGAAAACCGACUGAAGGGUGGAGGUAAAGGCGUUCCUGGCCCGGGGAUGCAGCCUCCACCUGCACCGCCUUUGUCACUCCCACUCAUGAACAAUGUUAAUGUACUUCCUGUAGGGGGAGCCACUGGGCUCGGAUCUUCUCCAUCCACGGCACAAGGAAGCACAGACACACUAAUGCAGCAGAUUCAACAACAGUUGGCAGUCCAACAGUUGGCUCAACAACAGGCUCAGCAACAAGCUCUAAUGCAGGCCUACCUUUCUCAGAUGACCCAAAUGCAAGCCCAAGCUCAAGCACAGGCUCAGGCUCAGAUGCAAAACCAGGCGGCACGACAACAACAAGCCCUGUUUCAGUCAGCACAACAGCAGGGACUCCAGCAACAGCUGUUACAGGCAGGAUUAGGAGGGGGUGUCAACGGGGUCCCCGGACUACCCGGUAUGGGGGCUACAAAUGGGAUGGUUCCUAAUAUUGUGAGCCCUGGGUCCAGCAUGAACUCUGUCGGACCUUCCCCGUUCGUAACUCCCAGGGAUCAGCCUGUGAAUGGAUCUGUAGCUUCUUCGUUUAGUACUACACAAACUGUACCUGUGACAGGCAUAAACACGAUCCAGACAAAUGUAGGGGGUGUACCAAAGAAAGUGUAUAAAAUACGGACACAAUUUGAGGGUCGCACCGAGACAAACGAGUUCAAACCGGCUGAGCAUAUUCCUCCCCUCAUUACUGCCAAUCACGAUAAAAGUUUACAUAUCACCGAACAAAACACAGAAAGUGAAAGUCAUAAAGUGCGACAAAUGGCACUACCUACACUUCCUCCUCCACCUCCUCCUGCUUUCCAGGAUCAGUCGGUGGUCAGUCCACGAAUGCCAGCCCUGCCACCUGCUCCACCACCACCACCUAUGAUUCCCAUAAAUAGUGACUCCUUCAAUAGGGAGGACGGCACCUUCACCUUCACAGAUAAGAAAGGUCGUGCUAGAACUGUAAGAAUUGGCAGAGUAGUGUGGCCUCCACCUGUGGAAAAAGAAUCUAAAUCACGGCCAAACGUGGGCAGGCUGGAAAUUGACGAAGGUGUUGCAAACUCCAUUGAAGAGCAACAUGGUGCUCGUACACAGCAGAAAAAACCAGCACCGGCCCCUCCACCAAAGCAUGAACCGGUCAAGUCAACAAAAUCACUCACAGAAUCUGUUCAUCUUGCCACUCUCCAACUAUUGGAGCAGAAACUGGGAACCAAGGAGCAGAAACUGGGAACCAAGGAGCAGAAACUGGGAACCAAGAAAGCAACCCCACCUCCAUCUCCUCCUCCACUACCCAAAACCCUCCCGCCAGUUAUACCACCCCCUACGCAGCCAGUCCUGGAAACCAAGGUCAUCGAAGUGGCACCUCCCCCGAAGAAGGAGAAGAAGAUGAACAUCGACUUUUCUUCUCUGGAGCGUGUGGUGUGUCGUCUCUACCCACAGGGCAAGGAAAAUUAUCUAACCUACAACAAUGUGCCCUGGUCGCUGAAUGUCCGUAAAGAGGUGUUUCACCCUCGAGAACGCCUGGAGAAUCCUACCGCCCUUCAUGUCAUCUUUUGCCAAGUUGUAGAGGAUGUUUACAACCAUGGUUGUAUUCGCAUUGGCAAGGAUGAGCGUAUAAAGAUGAGAGGCAUGCUGGAGAAUUACGGUAUAAACAGAACAAACUACUUGACUGGUAGUUUCUCCAAUCAAGUGAAGAAGAUUGUCGUGGAUACCGCCAAGGAAUGGGGGACAUACUUCUCUCGUCUCUUCGCUGUCGCCGGUCAGUCAGAGAGAGGUACAGUACGUUACAUUGGAGUGAGCCAUUCUGGGAUCCACCUCAUCGACCGUGAGCGGUCUAUGGUCGAUGAUAAUCUAGAAGUACUUGAACACUUCAAAUUUGAGGAUGUCAUUGAUAUUGUCAUGCCGACCAAGGACACAGUUCAAAUCAACCUCAAAGACAAAUCCAUGGUGUUCUACACAAAUCGGGCGCUGCAAUUGAAACAGAUGAUUGACAUGUACCUCAAUGAAAGUGAUAAGGGUAACAAGUAUGUUAUAGCUGUGAAGGAUUACAUCACGCGUGAAUCCACGUUACUCAGCUUCAAGCGUAGUGAGAUCAUCAAGCUUGUUGAUGCUGAACUACCAUUGGAAGAUGGUUGGCUGUAUGGUUCAUUGAAUGGUGUCCUUGGAUACUUCCCGGCCGAGUAUGUCAAACCUCUACAACGACACGAGGUCGAGAGGUCAGGGGGUAUGAAGGCCCAGCUGACUGAACAUGUUGUACACAGGAUUAUUAGACCUCCUAGCAGAACGGAGGGCCACACAGAUAACAGGAGUGAGACCAGUCAGGGUACUGUGGUUCCGGACGGAAAGUUCUCCAUGAUGGAGUUUGCUCUCCUUCACUUCCGCGAAUCAAUGCAGAAGUUUGAAACUGAAAGAGGAGACGACGGUUCAAUACGAGGAACAGUCAAACAUAUAGAGAGCAUCAAGCUUCGUAAUCUGGACCAGCAAAAACUGCACCGCAGAGGUUCCGGUGAAUGGUCAUGGAAGGAGCAAGCUGAUAUGGUCAAGUGGACACGGUCACCCAUUCAAUCAUCACUCCUGAAGUUACAGACAGCGGAGUUCAAUAAGCUAGCUUUGGAGUGUUUCCUCUGUGUGAUGAAGUUUAUGGGAGAUUAUCCUAUGGGCUCCAACCAAUCAGAGUAUGACUGCGUUCUCAAAGUUCUCAGGUCGUGUCACAAACAUCCGGAGAUGAGGGAUGAAAUCUACUGCCAGCUUUGUAAGCAGACGACGAGUAACAGAAGUAUGAAGCCGAAAAGCUGCAUAAUGGGUUGGAGGUUGUUUUCAAUCAUUGCCUGUUAUUGUGACUGCUCAGAAAGCUUAAGACCAUAUUUGUUCAAAUAUCUGGAAACAACGGCAUCAGAUUCUUCUAGAACAUUCAGUGGAGCUGCAUCAAUAUGUCUGCAGAAUCUUAGAAAGACCUUCAAAUAUGGAGGACGAAAGAAUGUUCCACUGAAGGCAGAGAUUUCAGCCUUAGCGGAUGGACGGGUGUCGAAGAGGUACUCGUUUAUCUACAGCGGUUCUGAGCGUGAGGGUAUGCUCCAAGUUCGACCAUCUCUCGUUGUAAAGGAUGCCAUUGAGGAGAUUUGUAAUCGACUCGACAUUUUUGAUCCAGUGGAAAUGGAAGAAUAUACUUUGUUCCUGAGAACUAAUGAUGAUCACUACAGCCGACUUAAGUCGGAGGAAUACAUCCUGGACGUGACUUCAGAGUUUAUCCGUGGAAACAAGGACUACCAACUGGUGUUCCAACGGACUGUUUGGUUCUUCCCAUUCCGGGACACGGACAACAUUAUAUACAAUGAAUUAAUGUUCUUCCAGUGUCUGCCUGACUACCUAGAGGGACUCAUGAUAACGUUACAGAGUGGCCGUCUGUCCAGACAAGAGGAGGACGACCUCCCCUCGCUUGGUGCUCUCCUGUUUAAGGCUUUUGACAGAGUGGGCACACCAACCAUUAAGGACCUGGCCUACCUUCUGCCUAAGACAAUGAACAAGUUGUCGGACUUUCAGCCACAACAAUGGGUUAACAGAAUACACCACGAAAUGAAUGCUGCCAACCGUCUUGGACCUCUUAAUUGCAAAGCUAAAUUUGUUUCUAUUCUUUCGAGGUGGCCUCUGUUCGGAUCUAUAUUCUUCAUGGUCAAGAAUGCCCCCACACAGCCAGUCAUCAGAGGAGACACCAUUUUGGCUGUCAACAAAAAUGGCAUCCACUUCCUCAGUGAGGCAACUCAUGAGACGAUAAUCCAGUACCAGUUUAGUGAAGUGAUGUCAACGCGGCGCUACAGGAGCGACAGUAAUCAGAACUACCUUGAUAUGAAACUCGGCAAUCUCAUGGUGCAGAAAAUAGUUCGCAUUGAAACAGAUCAGGGAUCCGACAUUUCUAGCCUUAUUGGACAAUAUAUGCAAGUAAUAAAUCGUCAUCGGAAACGACCCGCUGAUAGAAAUAGCAUAGCACACAGGAUGUGAGAAGAUCGAGUAUGCCACAUUGCCUGACUUUAUAGAAUGUUAUAAAGGAGCCAGCUCGUGACAUUCCUUAGUGUGAGAUAUGACAUCAUUAUAGAAAUCAACAUGGCUGCAGGUGUUAUAUUGAAUACAAAACUUCAACCCUUGUGUUUGUGAAAGUCAUGAUGGCAGAUAAGAUGUGGAUUGGCCUGCUGGUGGGAGUUUGUUUUCAGGAGACAUAUGAAAGCAGUGUGAAGGUCUCUGUAGACAUUAUUAUUAUUUCCAAGGCCUUUGAUGGUGAAGUCAAGAUUUCAGGCCAUAACACAAGGAUGUCAACCUUCAAAAACUGCCAAAGGAAUGAUAGAUUUAUAAUGUUAAGAGUUCUUAACCAAAAAAAAUUUGUAUAUUAUUAACUAGUUUUACUGGGAAAAUAAAUGGAAACAUUAUGAUUGUGUGGUAAAAUAUAGACUUUGAUAUGGCUGUGUUUUAUAGACCGCAAACAAGAACGGUCAUGUGCUAAUAAAUAUUAUAUGGAUAGAUGAAAUGUUCACGCCAAAUCCUAUAAGAGUAGCAGCACCAUAUGUGCUAUAUAAACCAUUCCUAAAGUGAAAGUACACAUACUGAGCCUCGGUGUGUUUAGUAGAACAUAUCUGGUGUGUGUUGGAAUCACAGUAACUUAUACAUAAUAUAUGUGAUACUUAUAUCGGGGGUUUGUGAGUCAUUUCAUUUGUUUAUAGAGAACUCAAAAAUCCUGUACAUUUAUGUAACAGAUAUCUACUGUAUGUUACCAAUUCGUUUGUAAUCAGAUUUAUGCAUAUAAUGCUUAUAAAUAUAAUUCUAUAUAUAUAUAUAUAUAUAUAUUUGUGUUUAUCAGAGGCUAUUGUGAUAUAUAUAACAUUCCAUUGUUGUUUGUUGCUAUGGUUACAGAAUUUUUGUUUUCCCCUUAUACAGGAAAUAUUGGUUCUGUAACUCUGUACAGAAUUCUACGUAGACAUUUAUCAUUGUUAAUGAUUACAUUUAUAUUUUGCCUAUUUGCAUAACACUGAGAAAAAUGUUAGUUGUAUUCAUUAAGGGAAAAAAUAAAAACAGACUUCUGGAAAGGACACAACUGCUUUUAGUGAACCAAUGCUGUCCCAUUAUCACAAGAAAUAUGACUUUAACAAGAACAUUAAUUCACUUCAAGUUUUUAUUGAGAUAAGAUACACACAGAGGAGAGGCAAUGACAAGUUUCCUUCAUAAAAACACUGAUUUGGUUAUGUUGAGAAAGCCUGUAUUUGACCUGAAUCGAGGUAAUACUGUAAUACUGUUAUAUACUACAUAUUUAAAUGAAAUUCUAUAAGGAUUAAUGUAUAUCUAUUGUUAUUGUUCAGUUAAUAUGAUCACAUGACUAACACUACACGUUAUGGCCGUCACUGGUAAGGGGAGAUAAUUAGGUUACCUCCCUUUGUCAGUUUCUCUUGUAUAUUGAUUAUCACUUCUAUUCAAACUUUGUUGACAAAAUAAAAAAAAAAAAGCAUGUUCAUCAUAAGCUGAUUUAGUCUGCACAUAUUUAGAACAACCUGGCUAAAUCCCAAGUCAAACAACAACAACAAGAUAUUUAUUCUUGGGAAUCCAUAUAUGCAAGUAAUAGAACCCAACACUGAAAUAUUACCAGGUUCAAUUUAGACAGGGUCGUUUUAGACAGGGUUUCAGUUUGUACUGAUGGAGGUUUUAAUGACUGUACUCUACGAGAUUCUUAAGUUCUCUUGUGAGGAGAGUUUGUGAAGUGAAAUAUGUAUUUCAUUGUGAAGAUAAAUUUCUUGUGAAAAUUUACUGAGACACAAUUAUAAAUUGAAGUAUCUUUAUAUCUUUCAUCAUUCAUUUUCCAAAGUGGAGUCCUCAUAAGUCAUUCAUUUGAAACAUUUGGAGAAAUCAAGAUAUAUAUAUAUAUUUAUCACAUAUGAUUAUAGAAAUGUUUAAUUUCCCAUGCUGUAUCUGUAUAGACAUUUAACAUGAAGAGGCAAAGGCAUACAUGUUCUGCAGGCAAGUUUGAAUGAAGAAUGUUAAUUUACAUAAAUAAUACAUUAAUAAAUAUCAAACAUAUUAAUCCGUCAUGUUUAUAUACCAAGUUGUAUUCAGUGUGUACUUGGCAAGGUCAGUUAAGCUUGUUCUGUUAAAAAAGUUUGUUUGACAUUUGACCUUUACCUUACCUGCUGACAAAGCUAAUUAGCAUAUAUAUAGCUGAUGUAACUUGCUGUGUGACCCUUGUUGCUAAAUAAGUCAAUGCUAGAUGAAAGUUGCUAUGGAAACAAUUUCAAAUCCAAGGAUCUGAUAUCAUUUGCAAAAAAUGUCUACAAAUAAUUUUCAUGGAUGUAUGUGUUGGUAAAAUUUUUGUUUUAGAGAUCUGAAAUGGUGAUCUGGAAAUAAGAUAUGUGGAAUGAAAUCUACAGGUAUAUUGACAAAAGUACAUAGGCCUUCUGUUAUUCAUAAUUGCCAAGUGUAUACACAUGGCAAUGUGGUAUUCAUUGGGACACGAAGCCGAGGGUCUCAUUGGUCAUCUGGUUUGUUUCCUUUCUUUUCGCAAUAUUUGUUGACGUAUUUGUAAUUUUAAUCUCACUGACAAAGUUUGAAAAACUUAAGCUGCCAAAUGAACAUUUGUACAGAGUGACUGAAAUCAUAAACAAAAUUGUCUUUGUGAUUUUAGUUUGUCAGUUGUGUCCAAGUAUAAAUAAAUGUUCACAUUCAAUGACAUGAAUAUUACAUGAUUAAUAAAAUAUUCAGUGAUCAAAUUAUGUUUUUGUCAGGUAUAGGAAUAAAUUAAUCAAAAUGAGGAGGGUCCACAAAAUUAAUUUGUUUCAUAUUGUCUCAAUAUUUGUGACACAGGAGUAAAAAAAAAGUUGAGAUUUUUUAAACCCAGAGAAAUGUUGGGAAGACACUGAAACAAUUUACGGUAAAUUAUUUGCAUAUUCAAAUUUCUCACAUUUCUUGCAAUUUGCAUAUUCGAAUUUUUCACUUAUCUUGCAUCAUAAGAUAAGUGCUAAUGUUUGAAAGAUGAUUUUUUUCAAUGAGAUAGAAAGGAAUCAGUGAAGUAUAGAAUGUCAUUUAAAUCAUGAUGUGAAGGCUUCUUAUUGACUGUAUUAGAUAGAACAGAUGACCAGUACCGCCACUGUUUUAAUUCAAUACAGAUGCUUUAUAAAUAUACUGUACUUAUGCAAAUCAAAAUAUUUAUGAUUUUUACUUUACAAUACACUACAUGGUAGUUUACAUAUAUUCUUCCAUAAAUCAAAGAUUUGUAUAGUUUUCAUUUCGAGCCACACUUAUCCAUUGUUCUUUCUUCACUUUUAAUGCUUCCAGACAAAUACAAGUAGGAGUGGUUAUAAUCGGAAUUACACCAAACAAUAGAAAUUAUUUUACAUUAGAAUUAGUAGAAUUAUUGGAUAUGGUUGAAGAAUAUUAUUUCAUGUCUCAAAUGUUUCUAGUCCAAAACUCACUGGAUAUUUUUUAAAAGACAAAAAAUUAGAUUGUUCCAGGGAAUGUAAGAUAUUCGGUGCAAAUUAAACAGACAAGCUUCUUUUUUUAAUUUCUUAAUCAAACACAUUUUUAUACAUUGUAGCAGUCAAACAUUCUUCACAGUUUCACACAGAGUUAUGGCAAAGCUAAAGUUGCCAAUGAAGAAAAGCGAACUCUUUAUGCUAGGUUAAGUCAAGACACUGUAAAAUACGUUGUAUUCAUGGUAAUUGGAUAGUUUGAAUUAAUUCAAGUUAAAAGUUAUUUCAGUUUUAGAAGGGAGUUAACUCAUAAUGUCAAUCUAAAAUCUAAGGUAGCACGUUCCCAUUCAAAAAUGUGUACAUUAUUAUCUACAGUAUUGUCCACAUAAACUAAUAGACUGUAGUCAUGGGUGUAUAUCAAAAGUUUAAUUUCUAUCAUCAAAGAAAUUAGUUUUCUAUGUUCUCACCAGUAUGGUAGACCAAUAUUUUUUCGUGUUCUGAAAAAAAAAUGGAAAAAAUAUGCUGAAUUCAUUUAUAUAUAAUUUGCAUAAAAAUGAUCACAGAAAAAAUUUUCCUUUUAUUUAUAUCUUAAACAAUUUGAAAAGUAAGCAGAUAUAUUUCAUGAAAUAUAUUCAUGAAAAUCCCUUCUCUUGUAUAAGAGCUCAAAUUACAUUAUGAAAAUUUGAAGGUUGAUAGAUUAUAAAGCUAUGUGUUUAUGACAAAUUAUAUAUGUGCAAUCAUGAUAUAGCGUCUGUUGUAAAUUAUAUACAGUGGGGUUUAUAUGCUACAAUUAGUAUGUCAAUUAACCUUCUAUAUUUUUAUAUUUUCAUGAGCAAUAAACAUUUUAAGUAAUCAAAAUAA